AACCAUAGCCCACUAACACCAUCAUCUUCUCUAGCGUCUAGUAACGGUUUAACAGAUCGUUAAAAUUAAAGAGCUCGCUUUGAGUACCGCGUCAAGCUACGUCCGACUCAGUGUCCGAGUCAACGAUUCCUCAUCCUUAGCUGAAUCUGAUCCUGAACAAUGCAAGAGGGCAGCAGCGAGCAGGAAUUUAACAGUAUAAGAGCUUCAAUUGCGAUAUUGAAUUCAAAUUUAGAUCAACAGAAUCAAAAGAAGAUUAGCGUUCUCAAUGAAUUACAAAAUUUACAAGAGAAAAUUCGAAAGGAAGGUGCUGAAUCCAAAGUGAAAAAAUUCGUUUCCCUUUUGGAGAAUUUAAAGUUACUAGAAAGACAAGAAUCUGAAAUUCGGUGUGAUUUUGAUGCAAAACGUUCUUCACUGGAAGCUGAGGUUAGUGAUUUGGAGGAAAAAAUAGCAGCUGGAUCUGACAGCAAGAUGCUUUCUCGUGGUUUAGAUGGUUCUUUAAAUGAAUCAUUGCUGAAGCUUAAUAUAGCAAAGAGGGAACUUGCAGCUAGACUGAGGGCAAUAGUAUCAAUAAAGCGUCAGCUGGAUGAUGCACCCUCCCAGUCAGAACUCAUCCAGUAUGAGCGCCGGUUGUCAGAGCUGAACGCUCAUAUUCAGGAAAAACUUCAACAAACUCGGAAAUUCUAUGCAACCUAUAAUGCUCUCUUGGAGAUUAAAGAGUUGAUGCUAAAGGAAACUUCCUUGUUGAAUUCCAUAAAUUCACAGUUUCAGGAGGCCAUUGCUAGCACUACUGGUCGCAUGAAAUUAAUCGAGUCCAUGCAGGGAAUUGUAAAGGGCAGCCAACAGAAGCUAGGGAAGGUGCAACUUGGGCUUCAAGAAGAGCAGAAAGUUUGUGAUGCUCUCAAAGAGAGGUACUGUGCAAUGGCGGAGCAAAGACGCUGCUAUUCUCUCUUAAAAGCUUUCCAGGAGGAAUGUGCAAGGAAUGAGAAGCUUCAGACCCAGACUUCUUCCUAACUUCAAAUUGACAUGUUGAAGCAUCAUUUAUACAGUCAAAGCUGCAGAUCUCGUGCCUGCUAGGUGUCUAGACGGGACUGAUUAAGUGAUUCACUUCAAAAAUAUCCAGAUGGAGAUCAAAUUAUCUUUGACCGAAAGCAAACCUUGUGGCCUACAGGUUAGUGCUUUCUUGGUUUUCAUAUGCAGUUGAUGAUCCACACUGAUGGUGCAUCCAUCUCACUAAAUUCUACACAAACAUUAUUCACAUGAAUUGACAUAAUUACUGGAUAUAAAUUCUUAUUGUAAAAUAGUUGCCUAUGUCAGUUUUCAGAUAUGCUGGUAAAAAUUUAUGUGUGAACUGCUGGAAGAUUUCACUAUAUAUUUUUUCUUGGACAAUCAUAAUAACAA